UCAUUGAUGGCAAAAAGCAAUCAGAGGGAGAAAAUGACCCAAGAGAUUGCGAUUUACCAGACCUUGAAUCACAAACACAUCGUUGACUUUCACGAUUUCUUCGACGAUACUAAUAAUAUUUACAUUAUUCUGCUGGAACUCUGUCGUAUGAGGUCGAUGAUGGAGUUGCAUAAAUGCAGGAAAGCACUGUUGGAAUGUGAGAUGCGAUACUUUAUGAAGCAGAUCUUGGAUGGAAUUUUUUACCUGCAUCAGCAUAGAAGAAUUCACAGAGAUUUAAUGUUAGGCAAUCUGUUUUUGAACGACGAUUUGCAAGUCAAGAUUGGUGAUUUCAGAUUGGCAACCAGAUUGGAGGAUGACGGUGAAAGAAAAAAAAUUGUCUGUGGUACUUUGAAUUACAUCAAACUGGAAGUGCUCACAAAGAUUGAACACUCGUAUGAAGCUGAUGUAUGGAGUGUUGGUGUCAUAAUGUACACUCUAUUUGUGGACAAGCCGCCUUUCGAGACGUCAAGUCUGAGGGAAAUGUAUUCUAGGAUCAAACAAGUGGAGUACAAGACACCGCAACAUAUUAGUAAACUUGCCAUGAACAUGGUGGUGAACAUGUUGCAACUGAAUCCCUCAAAAUGUUUGUUCUUUGUCAAAUUGAUGAAAGACAUCUUCUUUAGUUCUGGAUACAUGCCAGCAAGUUUACCGCUCUCAUGUUUGACAAUGGAAUCACGUUUGGAUACGCUUGAGUUACAUUGUAAUCGCAAACCGUUCAGUGAGAUGAACCUUGACGACUAUUCGGAACAGGAGAUUUUCCUCCGAGUGGCGAAUAGUUUAUCGCGAAAAGCCAAAUUUAAUAACAAAGUCAUUGAACCGCAAAGAAGCGUCAACUUUGACAUCAGAAAGAUGCUUCAAAUGCUAAAAAAGCAAAUAGUUGUUGUAUUAAAAACUAAGCCUGCUAGGGAAACAGCUUCUUCAUCAGACGAAUUGACUGAUCCAGCGGCGCAGCCUGUGAUUUGGAUCAACAAGUGGAUGGACUGCUCCGAUAAAUACGGUUUUGGAUACCAAUUGUCCGAUGAUAGCGUCGGCGUGAUGUACAACGAUGGCACGCGAUUGAUUAUGAUGUCAAAUAGCUACAACAUUUACUAUAUCAAUCGCGAGGGCGAUGAGUUGUAUUACACAGUCAAGGAUUAUCCGGCCCAUCUUGAAAAGAAAAUGAAAGUGAUAAAUUUCUUUUUGAAAUACAUGAACAAACAUUUGCUGAAGGCGGGUGGCUCUAUUUUGAUGAAACGUGGUAACAAACUCUUCAAAACAUCCUAUAUACAUCAGUGGUUCAGGACUCAGACAGCUGUAGUGAUGCAACUGAGCAAUGGCACAGUGCAAAUCAACUUUUUGGACCAUGCAAAGAUUAUCAUGUGCCCGUUGAUGGCGGCAGUCACUUAUAUCGAUCACGACAAGAACUUCAAGACUUAUAGAUUCCAGACUAUUCAGGAAAAUGGUUGCUGUAAGCCAUUGGCGGACAAUCUGAUGUACGCAUACGAGAAGAUUAAGUUUAUGCUAACAAAUUCUCAAGCCCGAUAA